UGGCCAGACUGUAUAAACAUAAAACUAACCUAUAAAUUGAGGACUUAUAACUAAACUAAAAAUAUGUUUAUUUAUUACAUUUAACAGCUUAAAUACGUAUAGUUAUUGUUUAUUCGUUUCAUAAGACAAUGAGUGACUCUCUGAUUAAAGACAUACUCAAAACUGGAUGUUCCCAAUUAGAAGCUGUAAUUACUUCCCAAGUUUACCUAGAAUUGUGUGAAUUAAAAAAGUACUGGGACGUGACCUAUGAGUAUAAAUCAGAAUCUGGUCCUUUUGUAACUGGAUCUAAAACAAAAUCUGGCCCCAAGGAAUGCUUUGUACCUUCACCAGUUAGUAAAACUUUUGAUUUUAUGCAAAUGCAGCAAAUAAUUCAGCAGCAUAAUAAUUACUCUAGGGUUUAUUUGGUAUUUGUUAGUCCAGAUUCAACGUGCGUUUAUUACCAAAUAUCUGAUGGAUUGUCUGAAAUGACAGAUACUGAGGCCAAGCACUUAAAAGAAGAUAAGCAUGAAAUAAUCAACGCAGAACUAAAGAAGCACCAGAAUAACUUGGAGCAGGCAGCAAUGUUUGGAAUGCCAGUGUGCUUAAGUACAAAAUCUAAGAAGUGAUUUGGGGGUUAAAAUAAGUGAAACCAGUUUCAGAAAAACAAUUUUUAAUAUUUAGUGAUGUAAAAUAUAAAUAUUAAUAAUAAUCAGUUGAUACAUGUUAUGAUGUAAAUAUAUAUUGUAUUACGAACGAUGAUUUCAUCAAUACAUCUUUCACAGAA